CGCCGGCCGGGCGUUCGGCGCAGGGCGGCCUGGGCGCGCGGGAGCGGCGGCGGCGCUGCUGACCCGCGUGUGGCCGGCAGGAGCGCGGCAGCCCGGCCGGACGCGGCCCUCGCCACGAUGCCCGCCGACCUGAUGGAGAAGAGCUCGUCCUCGCCCGUGGCGGCCACCCCGGCCAGCGUGCACGCCACGCCGGACAAGCCGCGCACGGCCUCCGACCACCGCAAGUCGUCCAAGCCCAUCAUGGAGAAGCGGCGGCGGGCGCGCAUCAACGAGAGCCUCGGGCAGCUCAAGGCGCUCAUCCUGGAUGCGCUCAAGAAGGACAGCUCGCGGCACUCGAAGCUGGAGAAGGCGGACAUCCUGGAGAUGACUGUCAAGCACUUGCGGGGCCUGCAGCGCGCCCAGAUGACCGCCGCGCUGACCGCCGACCCCUCGGUGCUGGGCAAGUACCGGGCCGGCUUCAACGAGUGCCUGAACGAGGUGACCCGCUUCCUCUCCACCUGCGAGGGCGUCAACGCCGAGGUGCGCACCCGCCUGCUGGGCCACCUGGCCGCCUGCCUGGGCCAGAUCAACGCCGCCAACUACCCGCCGCCGCCGCCGCCGCCGCCGCCCCCCGCGCACGGCGCCGCCUUCGGGCAGCCGCUGGGGCCGGUCCCGGCUGGCGCGGCGCCCCCUGCCGGCGGCCUGGGGCCUUGCAAGCUGGGCGCCUCGGGCGGGGAAGCGGCGCCGGUGCUGGGCGGCUUCCAGCUGGUGCCGGCCGCCGAGGGCCAGCUCGCCUUCCUCAUCCCCGGCGCCUCGUUCGGCCCGCCCGGGGGCGCCGUCAUCCCCCUCUACGCCGGCGGGGGCCUCGGCUCGCCCGGCCUGCCGCCGCCCGCCCCGUCUCCCGCCGCCGGCGCCCCGCCGCUGCCCGCUGACUCGGUGUGGAGGCCCUGGUGAGGACGCCGAGAGGGCCUCGCCGCCGGCCGGCGCCCGCUGCGGACUCGUGGCGCAGGAACUCUGCCCCCUCCGGCCGGCGGUCCCCCGAGGGCAGGCGAGGAGCGCAGCAGCUGCGGCCGCCGGGGCUGCCAAUCUCUCCCGUGGAAGGAAGGAAGGAAGGAAGGAAGGGGACUGCGCCGCCGCCGCCGCCUGUGCCGGAGCGGACCCGCGGCCCUCCUGGGCCAGUGCCUGCGCGCGUGUGGCGCGCCUCUCCGGGCGCCUUGGCCCGGCCUGGGGGGGCCGCCUCUUUGUGAAGUGACACCAAAGAUCUGUUUCUAAUAAAACAAACUCCCGUUCGUGGAAGUC